AUGUCGGCUUCGACAUACAAAAAUACCCAACAGUCCCCCAGAGUUCCAGCACCGCAGCAGCGCAAGAGAACUAUGGCGGCCACUUUCAAAUCAUUCCUAAAUACUGCACGACAGACAAUAUCGGGUACAGCCACGCCAGCCGGAAUACCGCCUUGCACCGAGCUUUUCCCAAAGGUUGACCCAAAAGUGGACGGAGACGAUUGUGACCAUGAUUGCAAUUCCUGUGUCGUCAAAUAUCCCAAGGGCUUCAAAAUUGAGGAGGAUGACCAGCUUUAUGGUCAGGUGAAGGGAUGGAGUACACAUGUCUUGGUUGCUACUGGAAAGACGGAUUGGGUUCGAGAUGUCGCAGAUGAAAAAGGAAGUCUCAUGGAAGCGAUUGAGAAGAAAGCAGAUGUGAAAAUCAGUAAUGGCAGACUCAUGCUAUCAGCCUCGAAUAUACCCACUCCGACCCAUUCCUCAGAUUAUGAUGAACCUACGACAGUCCUGCUUCUCCCCGCCUUUAUUGUGGUAGAAAAUGUCACUCCCAAAUCCGUUAACACUCUGAUCUCCGAAUACAUCAAUAAAGCACCAACAAAUAUGACGCCUCUUGGGCCAGUUUCCAUACCCGCCUCAAUACCAGACGCUCUUCCUACGGCGGAACAACUCACUUCUCGACCUUCUCCACACCGCGCACUCAUACUCCUGUGUUCACAAAAGACUCGAGAUGCUAGAUGCGGACAAUCGGCGCCACUGUUGAGAAAAGAAAUGGAACGACAUCUGAGAAUUUGUGGUUUAUACAGAGACCUAGAUGACGAGAGACCUGGGGGAGUAGGCAUAUACUUUAUUUCGCAUGUUGGAGGGCAUAAGUACUCCGCAAAUGUUAUGGUCUAUCGGAAGGCAAAUGCUUUUGGACUCGACAAGGUUGAGAGAGGAAAGCUGGCUGGCGAAGUAUGCCCGCCACCUUCAAAGGGAACCCCCGAUGAAGUGCAAGAGGGUGCUGCACAGUGUAUGUGGAUUGCGAGAGUCAAGCCGGAGGAUUGUGAGGGCAUUAUUAAAUUUACAGUCCUGCAAGGAAAGUUGAUCAAGCCAGAAAGCCAGUUGAGAGGUGGGUUUGAUAGACAGAAGGGACUGUUCAGUUGGUAG